AUGGCUAGCUCCUCUGAUGCUACAAGCUCCGAUACCGAGCCUGUGGAGUACCUUGCCACAGCGCGAGCGAGACGAAGCACAGCGGGGAAUCAUAUGAGCACUCUACUCGAUGCAGAAGCGGACGACGAGCUGGCACUCCUUUUCGCGGAGGACGAGGAGGAUGAGGAAUUCACGUUCGGCGAAGAAGAAGGGGAGGGAGAUGGAGCAGCGGCCGUGGAAUACGCAGACGAUAUGGAGCUUGAUUCCUCAUCUGACGAAGAAGAUCGCGGCCCCGAUUCAAAAGAAGGUGAAUUAGAGGGUGAAGAAGAGCUCGAGAAGCAAGCAAGGGCGGAACGAUUAGCGAAAAAACGAAAAGCACACGAAUCGUUACGAUUAACAGCUCUACGCAAAAAGGUCAAGAUCGAUCCCAAUCUCCCCUCUCGUCCGCUUACUGCCGCCGCACCGCGCCAGAGAAAGAAGUCCGAGCGAAUAUCCUGGCUCCCCACCCCCGAAGAUGGACCGACGCGGUCAUCCUCCCGGAUGCAAACGGUGCGAAACAAAGAGCUUACUCACGCGCGAUUAAAAGACAGCGAGCAGCGACGCAUCCGACUAAUAGCCACGAUGGAACGCGCGGCCCAGCGAAAGGAGAACAUGAAGUCCAAGCAGAUGACACAAGCAGAUCGGUUGGCGGAAGCCGCGAAGACGGAACGCGUCAAUCGCAAGACGUUGAAUCGAUGGGAGGAAAUGGAGAAGAAGCGGACAGAGGAACAGCAGGCCAGGCUGGAGGCCCUGCAGAAUCGUCGACUGGAAGGGCCGGUGGUGACGUGGUGGAGUGGGAUUGCGAAAUGGAUCAAUGACCGGCUGGCUCAGGUGGGGAUCAAGACCUACGCGCAAGUGGCUGAAAGGGAACCGGUCAAGAGGAAAAAGAAUAAGGAUGCGGCAGCUCAAGAGCCAACGAAAUGUAUCCCGGCAAAGACAUCGGAUCAGCAAGAGCACAUUUCCACAGUGCAAGCAGCUCAACCCGAGGGGGGAGCAUCAGGGACGGCGGCUCAGCAAGGACUAUCCACACGAACGCCAAAAGAUCAAGUCCAAAAGCCUCUGGACGAUGGCAUAUCGUUCUUAGAUGGGAUUCACCUCUACGCCUCUAUGAAUGAUGAAACUAUAUCCACAGAUCAUCCUCCAAAUAUUCAACAACCUAAAGAAUUAGAGAGGGAGGGUCAACAGGCGCACACUACUGCAGAACAAGCCACAGAUGUUUUACAACCUCCUGGAACAGCAACACUAGCAACUAGCGAGAAUGUGCAAGAUACCAGAGCCGAAGAACCUACCAUACAAACACCUUUGAAACAGCCAACAUUGACAACAGGCUCAACAACAGACGUUAAGUCGCCGACUCAAUCAGCCACACUCCCAGGAUCAUCGACAGAAACCUCAGGUCCCCAACCACCACCGAAUACCGAACUUUCGCAACCUUUAAAGGCCGACACCAGUCUACUAGUUCCAUCCCCUCAACAACCACCCAAGAUCGAAACCUCAUCUCGCAAUUGUAUCAUUCUCGAAGAUUUCGACUCAACCACGCCGCAAGAGCGAAGCGAAUACAGCAUUCUCUUCAACCCACGUAAACCCCAGAAACUACAAAAACCCACCCAAGAGAUCUGCCCCAUAACCGGUCGGUCCGCCCGGUACCGAGAUCCCCAAACUGGGGUUUCAUACGCAAACGCCCAAGCGUACCGUGAGAUCCGCCAAGUUCUGGCUGGGCGAUACGCCUGGAGUGGGUUUCUAGGAUGCUUUGUGGGUGAACUCGGGGGUGGUGCACGCGGCGUGCCGGAGCGGUUCUUGGCUCCAAACGUGCCUCCACCGCGCGAGAUUCUUGUGCCGCCAGCACCCGUCAAGGUUGAAGGAGGCCCGGGGUCGGAUGGCCCUCCUGACAAGCCUCCUGUUAGUGUAGGCUCUACGCAGGGUGGUGAAGGAGGGGGAUCUAGCGAGUGA